AUGGUUCAAACAAGAUCUAAGGGUAAAUCUGCAGCCAAAAAAAGCAGCUCAGUCAGGACCAGAGCAGUCUCAAGGAAACCAAACGCCUCAAUUCCGUCAAAGCGCAAUUGCCCACCCCAAUUCAGGCGUUUGGUUGAUCCUCAAUUCGCAGGCCCAUCAACGCCCACGUAUAAACAGUCAAAUACAAGUGACAUGGCACCAGAGGAAAUUGACAUGCUACUUUAUGACAUAAAGCCGAACUUCGAUCACAUUCGCAAAACUAUGGGUUUACACAAAGCGAACUUCACCCUCAAAGUAUUAAUGCUUACCACCAUUCCUGACUCGGGUAUUCGAUUCUGUUGCCAUGAGAAACACGGUUUCGUAAUUUACGACAAGAAGCUACUCGUCCCGAUGCUGGAAAUAUAUGCCCGUCUGAGCUCAAAAAUUUCAGCAUGCCUAAACUCAUUUAUGAGAAGUAGUCAGAGUAACUUCACUGUCAAAUGUCAGUGUCCGAACAUGGUUGAUCAGAAUUCUUUGUGCCUAAGUAAACGCAUGCUGUUUUACAAGUUCCGCCAACCCUUCAAUGGCAAUUACAAUGACUUCUUCGAACAGGACCUAGUAAGAAGUGCUGUUGAGGAAAGAAAUAGCAUAAAGCCGGCAUCAUGGAUUUUUAAGGAAGCGUAUAAGGACAUUGCGAAGAAGCAAGGUUUUGUCUUUGAAAUGAAAAGUGAAGACGAGACUAGUAGUACUAGCAGCGACGAAAUUAUUCCAAAGCGUAAGAUAUCCGCAAACUUUCCAAUUGGAACAUCGCAGAUAAUGUUGAAGUUAUACAAGGUUUAG